CUCUCGCUCGCUCUCCAUCUCCUCUCUCUCUCUGGUUCUCCCUUUCCCGCCGGCGGCCCUGGCAGAGUAGGGGCACCGCAGGGCGGAGGGUGGCAGGGGCGGGCGAACCCUCCAUGCAACACCAUGACAGGCAUCGCCGCCGCCUCCUUCUUCUCCAAUACCUGCCGCUUCGGGGGCUGCGGGCUCCACUUCCCAACCCUGGCGGAGCUCAUCGAACACAUCGAGGACAACCAUAUCGAUACAGACCCACGUGUAUUAGAGAAACAAGAACUACAACAACCAACAUAUGUUGCUCUCAGUUACAUUAAUAGGUUCAUGACUGAUGCAGCUCGACGAGAACAAGAAUCUCUGAAGAAAAAAAUUCAGCCCAAACUCUCCCUGACCUUAUCAAGCUCAGUGUCCCGUGGGAAUGUAUCUACUCCUCCACGCCACAGCAGUGGAAGCCUUACUCCACCGGUCACACCACCCAUCACCCCGUCCUCCUCAUUUCGCAGCAGCACACCUACAGGCAGUGAAUAUGAUGAGGAAGAAGUGGACUAUGAAGAUUCAGACAGUGAUGAAUCCUGGACUACAGAAAGUGCCAUCAGCUCCGAAGCAAUCCUUAGUUCCAUGUGUAUGAACGGAGGGGAUGAAAAACCUUUUGCUUGUCCUGUCCCUGGGUGUAAAAAACGAUAUAAGAAUGUCAAUGGUAUAAAAUAUCAUGCCAAGAAUGGUCACAGAACACAGAUCCGUGUGCGGAAGCCAUUCAAAUGCCGCUGUGGGAAGAGUUACAAGACAGCUCAGGGUCUGCGGCACCAUACAAUCAAUUUCCACCCACCAGUGUCUGCUGAGAUUAUCAGGAAGAUGCAGCAAUAACAUGCUGGUCACAAAUGUGCCAAGGAAUCCUCACCAGCAGUUGCUGAUUUGAAGACAGCCACCUUCUCGGGGGAAGCACUGAGCAACCCUUUAAAGAAUUUAAUGCAUGCUUUACAAUUUUUUCUGUAAUUUUGGAAUGAUGUAUCUUUGUAGAGUUAAAUGAUUUUGUACAUUUGCACAUGUAAUCAUGCCCAUAUACAUAACUUUGAUAUAAAGGUGCUAAAAGCUACAGUUUUGUUCUGUUUUUAAGUAUCCCUGCUAGCCCAAAAAGAAGAAUUGGGGGAUGUUAUAUUUUUAGUUCUGCAGUGUUAAGUAAGGAUGGGGAAGAGGAGGAAAGCUUGGCACUGCGAUAACCGAGAUUGUAAUGUGAUUGAAGAGAUUCAACACAUCAAGUUCCCAUGUGCUUGCAAAACCAAAACAAUUCCCCAUUAUCCACCUGGUUAAUAUGCCUUAUAUAAUAGAGUUAUCUGUGGGAUAGUAAGGUUUUAGGUAUUGGAAUUAUAAAUAAGAGAAUGUUUAACAUAUGCUAAAAAUAUUUUCAUACUCAAAUAACAUACAUAAAAGGUGUGCUUGCUGUAUUUUAUAUUAUCUUGCAAAUUCUUUAGGCCUCUGAAAUGCUGAAAAUCUUUGCAUUUGAACUAGUAAAUCACUCUAGCAUUAGAAUACUACUUCUGUCUCUACAUGUUAUGUGUGUUGAAAACCAUCUAGGUUCCUGAGGACCAAGUUCCCCUGGUCCAGUUAUUGUUCCCCAGAAUCUCAUACUAGAAGACACUUGGAAAUGAAGUGCAAAUUUUGUGAGAGAGAAAUUAUCUUCAUCUUAGAUGAAGUUCUUAAAGCACUUUGUAGUUCUCGAUUGCCAACAAAUUUAAAUGUUUUCUGUUGCCAAUUGUUGCAAUUACUGCACCAGUAUGGACCAGUGGUUGCAAUUAAAAAAAAUUCUAAGCAUGAUUUUAAGGAGGUACACUAUUUGUGUUAAAGGAGUUUUUAGGUCCAUUUACAUUGUACCUUCAGAUUUUUGUAUAUAUAAUAUAUAUUUUAUAACUUACUGUGGGUUGUUGCAUUCCACAAAUUUAACAUUAAAAUUUCUUUCUGAACUAUAAGACAUCGUGAGCCUUACUGAAAUGAAGUGCUUCUUGAAGCAGGUACUCAAAAGAUAGACCUGAAAUCAGAGCUAUCGGAGUUACUUGUGUCUGGACCAUACCUGAAUGCUUCAUUUAUUUUAUGCUCUCCUGCCUUCAGCAUUCUCUUCUCGUUUAAGUGCUAGUGAAGGUUAGCAGUUUUAGUAUGCAAAAGCUACAUUAAAUAAGCAUUGGGAGGUUCUUUGCCUCAUGAAAAAAAUGUUACAUUUUACAAAUAAUCCUCUUAUGUGUAUUUUGUAUUUAUAUAUAAAUGAUACAGUAAAUGUGAGUCUUCAUUUAGAACAUGUAAAGACUGAGAGGGCAAGGAUUCUUUAAGAAAGAUGUUUCUAGCUUCUAAAUCCCUCAUAAUGAGGGUUGAAAAGAUUUAAAAACAAAGACUCUUUUAAAUAAAUCAUCCUAAACUCAUCUUCAGAAAGGUACAUUUUGUAGCACAAGUGACGACACUGGUGUAAAAGGAUGAUCCAGACAUAAAAACCCCUAUUGCUUGUACUUAAAGCCCUACUACCCAUCUUCUAACAUUCUGACUCAUUAGCUCUGCUCUCAGUGAAAAAAAUGAAAGCAGAUUAACCUUAUUGAACAGCUAAACAAUGUUGUUGCAUGUCAAUUCUUUCCACAAUUACGAUCUAGUUACUCUUUACCUAGUCAUUGUGACAGUAUUAAACAGGUAAAAAUGGAACUAUUUUGUUAUACUGUGUAUAGUGAAUGUAUUGUACUGUGUCUGUGAAAAUGUGCUUUAAAUUAUAUUUUCCUAUAUUUUGUUGGGGACAAAGUUCAUUAAGUUCAUAAGCCACAAGGGGUUUGUUUUAGAACUAUCACAAAGUGCAUCAAAAUUUCAUUCAACAGAAGCUGCUUAUAAAUGUAAAUUCAGUCACAUUUAAUAAAUUGCCUCUGACCCAAAAUAAAAUUGGAUAUUGCUUCAUUAUGUUUACUCACUUUACGAUGUUGCCGUGUUUACAUAAAGCUGUUACAUUUUACAUUGUAAAUAAGAAAACAAAGUUGUAAACCAGGGUCAGCAUCUAAUGCUCGCUUCAACAGUGACUGAUUAAAGCAAAGGUUUCCAAAGCUCCCUGGAUCAGGGCUGGAAUCUGUUUUACUGUCCUUCAUAUCUGUAGCAGCCCAUCAAUAAGGUUUAUGAAAGGGAUGCACAUCU